AUGGCAAUCCAAUCAUCGCCGUUGUGUCUCCUCCCUCUCGAGAUCCGUGUCGAAAUCGCUCUGCAGGUUGCACUCCUCCGCACGCCCCACGGUCCCCCGAAGGACAUCGUUCCCUUGCUCUUGUCCUGCAAGACGAUCCACGACUCCCUCGUAUUCGAGCAUUGCGCUCCACUCUAUGCACGCAUCUAUCGCAGCAACUUCGACGUCCGUGCCCCCCGUCGCCGAUUUGCUAGUGACGAGUUGCACGUCCAAAACUACGCCGCGCAGCUGAAGAAGUGCUGCAUCGUGCUCAAGCGUAUACGCAGCGGUGACCUGGAUUCCGAGUUUCUUCAGGAUGAUCUCUGGACCGCUGUGCUGAUGGCCUUGGAGAACGAUGGCAAGAACGGCGAACAGUUAGACUGGGCCUGCCUUGACGAUCUCCUUCGUCGCUUUAUCCUAGAGAGGCUCUGGGACGGUCGCGAGCAGAGCGGUGACUGGCCGUCCGAGAGCGCCGUCAAUGCGCUUGCCGUGUGGCUUUUCUGGUACAGGUUGAACUCAGAUAAACUCGACGCCCUGCCAAGCGAACAACGUGCAAGCAUCCUCGAACUCGUCCGUCCAUACGCACUGAUAGGUACCCGGUAUCCACCCUUCCACGCCCCAGAUUGUCAUUUCGCCUUGCCAAUGCGGCCGGACCGCGCGAUGCUCACGGACCGUCAAAAGAUUCCCACCCCGCAUGGUUUCUGGCCGUUAUACCGUACUCCCGAGGAGAGUAUACACCACAUCGACCAUUACGGCGGUCUGCUCGAGAUCACGGAACCGCUCCUCGCUCUGGGCGCCCAACUACUCUUCUUCACGCUCUAUUGGCAGCCGUUGAUCAUCCCGCCGAGUAUGCCAGCGGAUCGUGCCCACGCGCUCGCGCUGGGACGCACAGGUGUGGGCGAGACGCGAGCUGACCUUGAGGAAUACAACGCGUCAUCUCCCGUGAAAUUGCUGGAGAAGGCGGACUGGGACUGGUAUCAUAACAUGAGCGACAAAGAGCGCGAACGGGAGGACGCACCGCGAUGGACGAGGGGCAUGCGUAGCCCUAGCGCGCAGUGGGAGUGCGACUUCAAUCGCAUGGUUGGUUGCGUGGAUCCAUACAGUCUAAGACCGAUGGCCGUCACCUAUGAAUACGGAACCCUCACCGGCCUCUGGAAGGGUCUGCAUCUCAGCCCUCACCCCGAGCAGUACUUUGCGGCCGUCCAAUCCGUCAACUUCCCGCCUGACUUCUCGGCUGAGAAUCCACACCUUUUCAUGCAUCCGGUCUACUUACAACUUCGCGAGCACCACUGCGUCUCGCCCGCCCGUCCUGCGCCUUGCGGCGGCAAUCCCAACGAUAACGACGACGGCAUCAACCACGCCUGGUUGCCGUCCGCGUUCGACGUCCGCGAAGCGAACGGUAUCGUACGCCUACGCAAUCUUCAGCGUAUCAAUGAGCCAGCAGCGGUAUAUGAGACCUUCGUUGAGGGCCAGAGGAACUCUCACAAUCCGGAAACCUGCAGGACGUGCGUCGCGCGACAGAAGGCAGCUGACGCUCUGCUGGCCGAGAAGGUCGAGCGACAUAGGAGGAAGGCGUCGGCGGGUGCUUCCCCUCCUCGUGAGCGCAAUCCUCCCCCGAUUCGGACGAACAUCAAGAUGCACACGUGCUACGGUCGUAUCCGCCCUUGGGACGGUCUCGUUGCCCUCGUCCGUGUGCCCUUGCAGCCGCCCGGCCGAUUCGGUGUGUACAUCUUCCGCGGGUACAUCGUCGGAGGGAAGAACUUCGUAGGAUCCUGGCGCGUGCGGACGGACAACACCCGCGCGGUGCCGCUGGAAGGCCCUUUCAUCAUGAGUAGGGUGGAGUGA